AUGCCAGCCUUGACGCUUCCUCUCAAGAUCGCCAUCUGCGGCGCCGGACCUGUUUCUCUGACCCUCGCCAACAUCCUCCAGAACAACAACAUUCCAUUCACCAUCUACGAAGCAUCAUCGAGCAUCCGAACACAAGGUGGUUCUCUCGAUCUGCACCCUCAAAGCGGUCAGCUUGCCCUGAAAGAAGCCGGCCUCUGGGACCUCUUCAAAAAGUAUGCACGCCCAGAAUCCGACGUGUUGAAGAUCGUCAGGCUCGAUGGCAAAGUCCUAUGGGACGGAAACGGUGACGACAAGCAAGAAGUGGAAGAGACGGAGAAAUUCGACGGACGACCAGAGAUCGACCGUCGUGCUUUGGUCAAGCUUUUGUCCGAGAAUUUGGAGACCGAGAAGAUUGUAUUUGGAAAGAAGCUGCGAGAGGUGGUUUCUAGCCGAGCAACGGAGGAGAAGUACGAUUUGCAUUUUGCUGAUGGUACGACGGUGACAAACUUUGACUUGGUCGUUGGCGGCGACGGCGCGUGGUCGAAAGUACGAAAACUUCUCUCGGACGACAUGCCUCGCUACUCUGGGGUUUCGAUGGUGUCAGCCAGCCUCAGUAAUGUCAGGAAUAAUCCUUGGCUGAUGGAAUACGCCGGUCAAGGCUCCAUGAUGGCUUUCGGUGAAGACACUGCUAUCAUUUCCCAACGCGGAGACGAUGGAUAUGUACUCUGUUACGCCGCACUUCGUGUCCCAGAAGACUUCCUUGACACGUGUGGCAUCGAUUGGGCUGACGCUGCGGCUGCACGAAAGGAGUACAUGGCGAGAUACUUCUCUCAUGUCUGCGACGACUUGAAGCGUGUCUUCCUUGAAUCAAUCGAUGACUUGGCCCUACGACCUUUAUACGAACUCCCUGUUGGCUUCAUCUGGCCUUCCCGCUCUGGUGUGACGCUGAUUGGCGACGCCGCACAUGUGAUGACACCAUUUGCAGGCGUUGGAGUCAAUGUAGGCAUGACUGAUGCCUUGGUUUUGGGAAAGGAGAUCAUCAAUGCUUGUGCUGGGAACAAGACGCUAGGCGAAGCCACGCAGGCAUAUGAAAAAGAGAUGGUCCCGAGAGCGGCUGAGUUUGCUCAGAAGACCCUACAUGGGAAGGAUAAUCAUUUCAGCGCGAAUGGUGCGCAAGAAUUUGCUGAUAUGCUGAGAUCACACCACGCUGCGCGGAAGUUUGUACAGGGUAAAGCGUGA